AUGUCGGACCACGAGGAGACCAUCUCUGAGGGCACCUUUAAGACGCCGAUCCCUGAGCUUGACGAUCACCGUCACCAGGUCACGGCUGCCCCUCACCCAGAGCGUCCCCGUCGAGGCACUUUCGACACGCUUUAUGGAGCUCGAUUGCUGAGCCCCGAGUCGGCUGCAGCGGAUGCAUCAGCCAACAUUCGGGUGAGGGACUUUGAAGAAGCAAUUGUGGAUGAAGAAGGGGCUGAUGUCUCACCAACGGCUCGUCGUGUUCGUCGGCCGACGGUUGAGACCAUCACUGAUCAACGAUCCGUGUCGCCGCCAAACUCCGUCAAGGCCUUCGCUGAGGCGCGUCGGCGUGAGCGUGGCAUGUCCUUUUCUGAGUCUAAGGCGGAGCGGGCUGGUGACGAAGAAGAGAUGCACCGAGCUGUCUCAAUCAGCAGUCGCCGAAGCCAUCGCAGCCGGCCGCACACGGUGGACGAUGGUGCCAGCCUGGCUACCAAUCAGUCCGCCGAGGAAGACGUUUGCUUCCCUCUCCAGGAGGGUCGGCGCAAAGACCAGUUGUACAUUGACUUCGACUAUCUCGAGAACUUUGUUCAGUCGGAUAGGGCCUCGCGGGUCAACAGCCGCCGCGAUUCCCUUCGUGCCUUCCCAGACCUCAGGCCGCAGACGUCUGAAGCUGUGCAGCCACAAUUGCAGCUCCACACUGUUGAUGGAGACAUUCUCAACAUGCCCUCGGACUCGUCCACGGGUCAGGAUGCUCCCGAGAAGGAACCCGCUGUAGAGGAGGAGCCUAAGGCGAAGCAAUCCCCAGCACAACAGCCGGUGGAUCCCAACCGGUUCAGCUUCUUUUCUUCGGCGUGGGAGUCAACGAUCCACGCUGCAGAACUCGGCGACCUCGUGCUACCCGGAGAGGACCUCCGCGGUCUCUUUGCCUUGCCUGCAGAUGAGUCGGAUGGUGUAUGGUGGCUGAACGUCAACAACCCGACCAAAGAGGAGGUUGUUGCUCUCUGCAAGGCUUUCGGUGUUCAUCCGCUCACCAUCGAAGAUAUCACAACGCAAGAGGCUCGGGAGAAGAUUGAGCUCUUCCCCUCUUACUACUUUGCGAGCUUCCGAUCGUUCCACGCAGUUCAGGAAGAUGAUGGUAUCGAAUACGAGCCCUUCAAUAUCUAUGUCGUCGUCUUCCGUGAGGGUACUCUAAGCUUCAGCUUUGAGCCAAACGCACAUGCGUCGCACGUGCGGAAGCGCAUUGCCCUUCUCAAGGACUACGUUGCGCUCAGCAGUGACUGGAUCUGCUACGCCCUCAUCGACGACAUUGUCGAUUGCUUCGCGCCUGUCAUUCGUGAAAUCGAAGUCGAGGCAGAUGCUAUCGAGGAUGGCGUCUUCGUGGCUCGUGAGGACGACUCAAACGCUUUCCUUCGAUCAAUCGGCCGUGUUCGUAAGAACACUAUGGCUUUGAUGCGCCUUCUGGGAGGCAAAGCUGAUGUGCUCCGAGGCUUCACGAAGCGCUGCAACGAGAACUACAAGGUCACUCCCCGCAUGGAUAUCGGCCUCUAUCUUGGUGACAUCCAAGAUCACGUCGUUACCAUGGUCACCAACCUAGGUCACUUUGAGAAGAUCUUGUCUCGCUCCCACAGCAACUACUUGGCGCAACUUUCGAUCAACAGCAUCUCGCAGGGCACGCACACGAACUUGGUUCUAAGCAAGAUCACCUUCCUGGCAUCCAUCCUCGUGCCGCUGAACCUCGUCAGCGGUUUGUUUGGCAUGAACGUUCCAGUUCCGUUCGCAGGGAGCAACACUCUCGCUCCAUUCUUCACCAUCUUGGGAAGUUUGAUUUUCUUCUGUGUGGUUAGCUUGGCUUUGGCUCGCAGAUACAAGUACAUUUAA